CACGAAUCAACCGCUAGGGUUGCUCCGGAACUCCAAGCGGUCGAGGAAGUCAACUUUCAGGCAAACCUGGACACCAGUUUACUGGUAUGUGACAUGCGUUAAUGAGUAUAUGGUAAUUAUGCUUUUACUUAGGGCCUUGUCGCUACCAUGGUCAAAUCCUUCCAAACCCAAACUCCUAACCUUUCAAGAUGAUCCUGGAAAAGUUCUUUACCAGAAAUAACUUACAGUUACCGCUCGCCAAAUAAGCUUUGCUAGGUGCGCGUAGUCGCUCUUGUUGGUGCCUCGCAACAUGCGUGGCCUUGGAGGUUCAACGCGAAAAGAACAGACCAGGGAUGAGCUGCUGGAUGCAGUCCGUUCAGAGCGGGCGGCCCGCAGCGACGCCCGCCAGCGCAACCGUGCAGCUGCCCUAAUCCAGCGCACAUGGCGGGGACAUGCGGCUCGGCGGAGGUUGCGAGCGGCGCUGGUUUCGGAGUGGGCGGCGGAGUACGGCCCUCUAGUGGCGGUGGCGGCUGCACCGGGCGGGGGAUCGGUUCAGGGGGCUGGGCCGCGGAGCCUGAGUGCGGAGGAGGUGGCGGCCAAGCUCCUGCCGCCCUUCCUCUUCCUCCUCAAGCCACCUCGCGCUGCCGCACCACCUGCCGUACCGCCUGCCGCGCCGCCUGCUGCACCACCAGCACCAUCGGCAACACCAUCAGCAGCCCCGGCAGCAGCUGCACCCGCAUCACCUCCUCCACCAAGGGCACCAACCGCAGCCACCGCACCCUCAGCAACACCAACACCAACAGCCACACGAGCCUCACCCGCACCAUCCACACCAGCACCCUCAGCAGCACCCUCCACUAAAACAGCAACACCGCUAAGGGCCAGCCCCCCUGGCGACCCGCAUGGUGACGGUCGCGCCCCAGGCGAAGGAGGAAGCUGCUGCCCCCACCUGCCCCCCGCGCUACUCAACAUGGUGCGAGGCAGUCUGGCGCUGCUGCUGCGCUCCUGCGCCGCGAGCGACCCACGGGACAGCUACCUGGCGCUAGCCACGUGCGGGGACGCGCGGCAGCGGGCCAGCUGGCAGGAGCAGUCCUGGCGGCUGCUGCUCGCAUGCUGCCGACUGGUGGCAGCACCAGCAGCGGGAGGGGGGCGGCCCGGCAGCACCAGCAGCGGGGCCGGGGGUGGCGGUGUCAGCAGCGGCAGUGGAUGCAUGUCCGACCCGGUGGUGGACGCUGCUGCGCUGCGGCUGGCGGUGCUGCUCACGGACGCUAGCGGCUGGAAGUGCCUGACACCGGGUCCCAGCCCCCAGCGCUCCGCCGCGCAUGCCGCCACCGCCCAGCUGCGCUGCCGGCUGUCCGCCCGCCCGCAGCCGCUGUUCGCAGCGCUGGCACGACUGCUGGCGGCACAACACCACCAGAAACAGGAGGGGAAGCAGGGGCAGGGGCUGCAGCAGGGACAGGGACAGGGAGGGCAGCGAGCUCCUCCUGCUCCUGCUCCCCCACCGCCGCCCCAACAGCCCCCGCAGCAGCUCUCCCGGCUGCUAGGGCUGGUGGUGGCGGUGCUGCGGUCCGCACUGGAGGGGGAGGAGCAGGGGGGGCAGGGGCGGGACGGGGAGCAGGGGCAGGGCAGCAGCAGCAGCAAUGGAGGUGUGGCAGCAGGAGCUGGAGGACGAGGCGAAGGCGGUGGCGGUGGCGGCAAGGGGUGGCGGUGUGUGGCUGCAUUCGCUCAGCUGGUGCUGGUGGCCCCCGGGGCGGUGGGGGCGGUGCCGGAGGAGGUGCAGGCCCGGCUGCGCGCCCCGGACGUGUGGGUGCCGCUGUGCCGCUGUGUACGGCAGCUGGUGCGGAGCGGACAGCUGGGGGGUGCCGUACAGGCCGCCUGGUGCCUCUCCAACCUGAUUCAGCUGCUGCUGGGGCCCUGCAUGGGGCCGGGGGCAGGAGGGGCAGGGGCGGCAGGGGCUGCAUGUCGGGUGUUGGCCCCCCUGUCCGACUCCCUGUGGGGGCCCAAGCAGGUCGUGGGGGCCAGCACCAGCACCAGCAACACCAGCAGCCGGGCGGGAGCAGGGACAGCAGCAGGGACAGCGCGGACUGCAGCAGCAGCGGGGACAGGCAGUCAGGGGCCAGGCAGGCAGGGGGCAGGCAGGCAGGAGGAGGAGAGGGAGCAGGAGGAGGAGGCGGGUGGUGGCAGCGGCAGUGUGGCGGGUGCGGUUGCGGCCACUGCGGCGGCGCUCAUGCGGCAUGUCAUGCGGGGUGUGGGCAGGCCCUCCUCCCCCUCCCCCUCCUCCUCCCUGCUACCCGACCUAGCAGCCGCGGUGGGGGGCUGGUGGCCGCUGGGGCAGCGGGGGCUGCUGGAGCCGCUGCUGGGGGAGCUGGAGUCCCAACCAGGUGGUGUGGAGGUGUUUGCGGACAUGUGCUGUACGGCAAUGGAGCUGGGGCCCAGGCUGAAUGAGGCGUUUGCAGCGGAGGCCCUACGAGCAGACGUCCCCAGCCUGCUUAACGCGCUCUCCUUCUCUCCCGCCUGCCUGCCCCGCCUCUGGCGCUGGCUGUGUUUCAGCCUGGGGCUACCCCGGGAGGUGCCCGCGGAGGCGGUGCGGGGACUGGAUGUGGCGGCGCUGGCGGGCGGGGUGGCGGGGGUGGGGCCCGCGGGGGCCCGAGUGCUGGGGCUGUUCUGCAGGACCUACUCCCAGCUGCUGCUGGUGCUGGACGACGGCGAGUUCUACGGACAGCAGCCGCGGCCGCUGAGCCUGGGGGCGGCGCGGGCGGUGGGCGCAUGCCUCAACUCACUGGUCUUCCACACAUACCUGCCAAAGGGAUCUCCUCCCUCCUCCGACCCCUCCCCUGGAGCCACCUCCCACCCCGCCUACGCACUCCUCUCCGAGUGGGCGCCCAAGCUGCUCAGGGAGCUGUACGAACGAGAUGUACGGCGGCCGUACUGCCAACCGAUUUUGUGGUUGGCGCCGUACCUUGAAAUGUUUGGGAGCGGGGAGGAGGAGGGCGGCGGAGCGGGGACACACAAGAAGACGAGAUGCCCCCGCCGGCGCACGGGCAGCAGCGGCGGCCGGCCCCGCUUUCUGGACCCGGAAAGCUGGUUCGGGGGCGGGGGAAGCGAAGGAGGGGGAGCAUGGGGACAAGAGGGGGGCUCGGAGCCGCCUCCCCCGCCGGACCCCGCGGCCACCCGCAUAGGGCCCUUCACGACGGGUGCCGUACUGCACUGGCUAAUGUACGGCGGGAGUGGCGGCGGAGGAGGUGGUGGAGGCGGUGUGCAUGAGGAGGAUGACGAGGGCGUUGCGGCUGCGACCUCUGCCGGCGGUAGCGCUGCUGGUGGUGGUGCUGCUGGUGCUGCUGCUCCGGCGUUGCAGUCCCGCCCCGGUGAGGGCUGCCGGCCCAGCAGUGUGGCCUCCCUGCUGCGAGUCAUGCCGCAGGCGGUUCCCUUCCCCCGGCGCGUGGACCUGCUGCGGGCGCUGCUGGCGGAGGACAGGGCGCGCGGGCGCUGGGAGCAGCCCGUCAGUGCGGGGGGGGUGCCGCCGAUAAAGGUCACCAUCCACCGCAGCAGUCUGAUGGAGGACGCGUACCGGGGUCUGGCGGCCCGGGGGGAGGGGAUCAAGGCACGGCUGCAGGUCAAAUUCAUUAACGAGUCGGGACUGGAGGAGGCUGGUUUGGACUUUGGCGGGCUUCAAAAGGAGUUGCUGGAACGAGUGGUGGCGGCAGGCCUGGACGCGCAGUACGGGUUGUUCACGUGUACCUCCCCCGAGGGCCUGGCGCACCCCAACCCCGCUGCGGAGAGGUUGGAGGGCGGACUGCCGCUGCUGGAGUUCCUGGGCCUGAUGUUCGGUAAGGCGCUGUACGAGGGUAUUCUGCUGCCCGUGCCCUUCGCACACUUCUUCAUCGCGCGACUGCAGGGUCGUGCCCCCCUGUUCGACGACCUGGCCUCCCUGGACCCCCAACUGCACAAGAACCUGCUCAUGGUGAAGCGCUACGAGGGCGAUGUGUCCGAGCUGGGCCUCACCUUCGCAGCAUCCACGGACUUCUUCGGCUGCCCCACCACGCAUGAGCUGCUGCCCGGGGGGGCGGAGGUGGCGGUGACCAACGACUCCCGGCUGCUCUACUGCCACCUGCUAGCCGACUGGCACCUGACGGGCAAGCUGGGGACCACUGCGGCCGCUUUCGCAAGGGGGCUGUUCGCCGUCAUUCCGCAGGCCUCCCUGCGUCUCUUUAACCCGCGGGAGUUCAACCAGCUCCUCUCAGGCGCCGCCGACUCCUACACCACCCCCUCCUCCUCCCUCUCCUCUCCCUCCACCUCCCUCGUUCCCCGGCCCCCCGGACCCGCCCCCCUGGACGUGGCUGACAUGCGCCGCUGGACGCGCUACAGCGGCGGCUACAGCCCUGAAUCCCCCACCGUACGGCACUUCUGGCGGGUGGUUUCGGAGCUGAGUGCGGGGGAGCAGGCGGCGCUGCUGCGGUUCGUGACGAGCUGCAGUCGGCCGCCGCUGGGGGGCUUCAGGUACCUCAACCCGCCGCUGACACUGCACCAGGUGGACUGUGACGCGGGUGUGUUUGCCGCGCUGGGCGGCAGGGACGUGAGCCGCCUGCCCUCCGCCUCCACCUGCUACAACAUGCUCAAGCUACCCAACUACCGCCGGGCUGCCACUCUUAGAGAGAAGCUGCUGUAUUCCAUUAGCUCGGGGGCAGGGUUCGAGCUGUCGUGAGGGAGAGAGGGAGGGAAAAGAGGAGCUGGGCAGUGCAGGGGGGUCAAAGACCAUACCAAACCACCGGAAACCACAGUGCAGGGGGGAGGUGUCUGGCCUUGGGUGUUUGAUCUGGUGGUCCGGGGACCAGGUUGGUAGCGCUGGG